AGAGGUGAAUUUUACGCGACUCAACUCGUUGCUUCCACUCACUCAAAACACACUGAAGAACAAGAGAGAGAAUUUUUAUGCUUAAGAUUGAGUGAGAGAGAGAAAAGAAAAAAAGAAAAAAAUGAUGAGGUUCUAAGAAAGUGAUGAACCAAAGCCUUUGGAUCGGACUAUCAACAUUCCUUCUUCUUCCUUCUUCUUCUUCUUCUUCUUUUCUUCAGAACUGCGUUUGAUUGCCAUAGGAAGUUCUGUUGUGGUUUUGGUGGUGGAAGAUUCAGCUUCACCUUCAGCUUCUGCUUCAGCUUGUUUACUUAUAUCUGAUUUUUCGUUUUAUUUAUUUAUUUAUUUAUUUUGCAAUGGGAGCUCGUUGCUCCAGAUUUGGACUCUGUUUUUGGCCUUCUCAGAUCGAAUCCAAUCUCAAUGACUUGUCCUGUGCCGAGAAUGAGGACGCAUUGCCUGGAUUCUGCGAGUACAGCUUUGAUCAGUUAAGAGCUGCUACUUCGGGAUUUUCUUCAGAGAAUAUUGUUUCUGAGCAUGGAGAGAAAGCGCCUAAUGUUGUUUAUAGAGGAAAACUCGAAGAUGAUCGAGUGAUUGCUGUCAAGCGCUUCAACAAGUCCGCCUGGCCUGAUUCUCGCCAAUUCCUUGAUGAAGCUAGAGCCGUAGGGCAGCUAAGGAAUCAACGGUUGGCAAAUUUAAUUGGAUGCUGCUGUGAGGGCAAUGAGAGAUUACUAGUGGCUGAGUUCAUGCCCAAUGAAACUCUUUCCAGGCACCUUUUUCAUUGGGAAACGCAGCCUAUGAAGUGGGCAAUGAGGCUUCGAGUGGCAUUAUAUUUAGCUCAAGCUUUGGAGUACUGCAGUAGUAAGGGACGAGCAUUGUACCAUGACCUUAAUGCUUAUAGAGUUCUCUUCGAUCAGGAUGGUAAUCCCAGGCUGUCCUGUUUUGGCCUUAUGAAGAAUAGCAGAGAUGGAAAGAGCUAUAGUACUAACCUGGCUUUCACCCCGCCAGAAUAUAUGAGGACAGGGAGAAUAUCACCAGAAAGUGUCGUGUACAGCUUUGGCACUCUAUUGCUCGAUCUUCUCAGUGGCAAACAUAUUCCGCCAAGCCAUGCAUUGGAUCUGAUACGUGGUAAAAAUUUCCUGAUGCUGAUGGAUUCAUGUUUAGAAGGUCAUUUCUCUAAUGAUGAUGGAACUGAACUAGUGAGGUUGGCUUCAAGAUGUCUACAAUAUGAACUUCGUGAGAGACCAAAUGUUAAGUCUCUUGUAAUUGCUCUCACUGCACUUCAGAAAGAAACUGAGGUUCCUUCUUACGUUCUUAUGGGAAUUUCGCAUGGGAAUGCUUCCUCCAAGCAAAUGUCUUUAUCACCUUUUGGGGAGGCUUGCUCAAGGACGGAUCUUACUGCGAUUCAUGAAAUUUUGGAGAAAGCUGGAUACAAGGAUGAUGAGGGAGUGGCAAAUGAGCUUUCUUUCCAAAUGUGGACAAGUCAAAUACAGGAGACACUCAAUUCUAAGAAGCGCGGGGACUCGGCAUUUCGAGCUAAAGACUUUGUAACUGCCAUCGAUUGCUACACACAAUUCAUAGAUGGAGGAACGAUGGUAUCGCCAACAGUAUUUGCUAGACGUAGCUUGUGUUACUUGAUGAGUGAUAUGCCUCAGGAAGCUCUAGGAGAUGCUAUGCAAGCCCAAGUAGUAUCACCAGAUUGGCCAACUGCUCUGUAUCUUCAAGCUGCUGCUCUUUUCAUCCUUGGAAUGGAAAAUGAUGCACAAGAAACUCUGAGAGAUGGAACAUCCCUGGAAUUCAAAAAAGAAAGAACUUGAAUCUGUAUAGGUACUUCUUCUCCUUUAAUUUAACAUUAUUCUUAUAUAUUUAUUUGUCUGCCUCUUAGCCCUUUUCUGUUAAGUUUAUGCAACAACGAAAGGGUUUUGAUUACUGGACUUGUUGUGAGUUUGUGUUGGUGCAAAUUUAUAUUUUUCCUUGCCCAACAAAGCUAUCUGUUGAUUCUGUCUGCUUCACAUGUCAAAUCUCUUAUUGUAUUCUUUGCUACAUGAGUUUAAUGAUAUAAUUAGUCCUGAGAUUUGCUGAAAAGAAAAA